GAGGGCGUCAGGAUGGUAUAGCAUGUCUAGACUUUUUUUCGAAAAAGACUACGCAUGACAAAUAGAAUGACUCCAGUCACUUUCAUAGUCCGGACGGGCACUAUGGACUAUACGAGAUUUCAGACUAGUCAUGUACUAAGACAUUUUGGCAAAAAGACUAGACUGGACGGCCGACUUGUCUAGAAAAAAGAUUAUAGUCUUUUUACUAGUCUUUUGGUCACCUGGGAAGGCUUACCAUAAAGCAGAAUCUAUUAUGGAUUGCUUACAAUUAACGAAAACACUCAAGGAAAACAAUUUAAAUGAUUUCCAAACACUUAAUGAAUUUGUUUUUUAAUACCUUACUGGAAAAUCAACAGUAGAGGGUGUGGGUGUAAUUAUAGAUAUAGACUGUUUAAACCCACACCCACACCCAAAAAAAAUCCGUUUUUCACCAGUGCAAUUCCAUCGGUGCCCACUUUUAUCAUCUGCUUAGAGAUGUCGUCUUACUAUCAGUAUUGCAUUAAUUAUUGAUAAUUUGAGUAGUUUUGUAUUGGCAUGCCCCUAAUCUACAUCGGAUUAUUGAGUUAAACCUAAUGAAAUAGAGACAGCGACGAUAUUUCUUGUUUUAGAGUGCGAUGAAUGCAAUCGCUCGAUGCUUAUCUUCGAUAUUGACUCGUUGAUUAUGCUUACACUGACCGAUUCGGCAAUGUCAAAAUCAGUAUCAAUCUCCAAUAUUCGUUUAUAUCAGUUCAUUCGAGAAAAGUGUAAGAUUGCUGUUGUUGAAAAAAAUCAAGCUACUGACGAUGUAAGUUAAUUUUUAAGAGAAAAAACAGUAAUGCAAAAACUCUAUUCUUUGAUGCAGCAGAAGUAUUAUAAAUUUUCUUUUAGCCAUCAAUUUUCACUCAACCAAAAGAGAAAUGGGUGACGAUGAUAGUUAAUAAUUCAUUUCUACUCAACCUUUUCAUUGAAGAUAUUGAUUUCAAAGAGACGUGCAGAGAAGAACAAGAGAAACUUGAAAAGGAAAAGAAACGUCUUGAUAAUAAUUCAGUCAAGAAACGUCCAAAAUGUCAACAAAACUACAUAACAUCAAAGACCAAUCAUGACAAUUGUCAUUAUCAUGGUGCGUUUGUCUAUGAUAUGAAUAACCAUUGCAAAUUAACUCGUGAACAAGCGCAAACAAUGACGCAAAAUGUUAAAUUGAUAGCAAGCAAUAGUGCUAGUGGUAGAUCUAUGGAAUUACCUAAAUUAAUAUGGGACUGUUGUUUGGGUUUAUAUGGAAUUGAUCCACCAUGUCAAGUGGGCAGCUGCGGUUUGCCCAAUGAAAUGAAAGGACAAGCAAUCAAGCCAGGCCAAGAUCUGAUGACUCUCGUCCAAAAUCUAUUUAUGAACAAUCAAGCAGCUGAGAAAAGAACCAAAGAUUUUUCAUGA